AUGGGCAGAAGGUGGGCAGAGGCUGUUAUUGUUAGAGAUAAAACUGCAGACACAGUGGUUUCAAGUUUUAUUAAAUCCUGGGUUCCAUAUGGAGUUCCAAAGGAGAUUAUUUGUGAUAAUGAAAAGUCUUUCCACGGACUGAUGAUGAGGGAGUUGGCCAAGCUUAUGGGUACAGAACUUGUAGCUAUUACCCCUUAUCAUCCUCAGGGUAAUACCCCGGUUGAAUCCUUUCAUCGGCAUUUAAGGAAGCACUUCGAUAGGAUCAGACGGACGGGUGGUUUAGAUUUAGAGGAGGUAUUGGCGCUUACAAUGUAUAUAUACAGGACUAGCUACCAUACGGCACUUGAAGACACACCAGGUCGUUGGCUUUUUGGUGUCUCAGUGACCAUGCCGGAAGAGCGGGAAAUUGAUGAUUUAAUGUUUGACACAAACGCUAGUCGAAUUGAGUGGUUACAGAAAGAGAGGGGCCAAACUCUCGAACGAAUGAGACUCUGA